AUGGACGGCGGCCCGAACCGCAGCGCUCAGGCGCGUGACGGCGACGCUCAGUUCCGCUACGACCUUAGUCAUGCCAUAUACGGCAGUUUCCCGUCAUGCGCAGCAGCCAUGCCGUCCCAACCAUCGCGUGCCCCCUCGCCGCACUCGCCCUCAAAAACACCAGCCAGGCCCAAGCCCGCGCUCCCAGCCGACUUCCAUCUCUACCGCCCCCAAAACAUCCUAAUCCGCAACAACGCCGCCCCGACCUGGCUGCCCUACCUCGCCCGACGCACUCGGCCCGGCCACGCUCCACACAUGGACAUCCACCAGAGCGUCUGCCUCAAUUUCCGCUCUCCAUGCGACGACUCGACUGAAUCCGAACUCUGGAUCCUGCCCGAACUCGACGACUGGGAAGCCGACGACUCGGACACGGACCUCGAUGCCUCACAGCCACCCUCACGGCCAGCUGCCUCUUCCCCGCCAACCCCCGAGCGCCACCAAUCUCCACGCGCAAACGAAAAGCAGUGGUCCAUCUACCUCCACCGCGCCGCCAAAUCCAAUCUCGAGCGUCUGCGUGCCCGCCUCGAGGGCGACGGCUGGCACUUUAUCGGCGCUCGAUGCGGCGACCCCAUCAAGGAUCUGCACAAAUCUUCGUGCCAGAGCGACGAGAGGCUGGACGAGGAAUUCGACGUCGUUGUCUUGUCUGCUGUGCGGGCGAGUUGCUGA